AUGAUGGCUGCGGAAACACUCCUCUACACCGAACCGAAAGAGCUUUGCGAACUGAAGUCUUCUGCGGUCACGAACAAAGGAGUAUUGCUCAAGGAUGAGCUUGCUGUCAGAUCAUUAAGUGAUAUUGAGGAAAAAGAGGAGAGUGCGGAGCAUAAUUCGAAAGAAAUGAUGUCAAAAAUGACAAAAUGGAAGACAUGCUUGUCAAAGAUCAUUUUGGGUAUCCUUGCUUUAGAAGCGGAAGCACAGAAGGUUGACACUACGAAACUGGAACUGUCGAUCGAAAAUCGCAUGCGCACUAAAGAUUGGGUGCCAUUCAUUCAGCAGGUUUUUAAAGAAAGUUCAAUUAAAAUGCUUAUGUACAAACAUAAAAAUUUGAUUUAUUGCUUAUACAAAUACUGCGAGGUUCCGCUUAUCGUUGGAGCCUGGAAUUAAGA